UCAACUAUUUGCGAAAUGGAUUCCCAAAGGGAACUCACUGAAGAGCUCAGGCUGUACCAAUCCACCCUUCUUCAGGAUGGCCUCAAGGAACUUCUUGAAGAGAAGAAGUUUAUAGAUUGCUCUCUAAAAGCUGGUGACAGAAGCCUGCCUUGCCACAGAUUGAUUCUGUCAGCAUGUAGCCCUUACUUUCGUGAGUAUUUCUUAUCUGAGCAAAAUGAAGAGAAAAAGAAGGAGGUGGUGCUAGAUAAUGUUGACCCCAGCAUCCUAGAUAUGAUUGUCAAAUACCUCUAUUCAGCAAAUAUUGAUCUUAAUGAUUCUAACGUGCAAGAUAUUUUUGCUUUGGCCAGUCGCUUUCAGAUCCCUUCUGUAUUCACAGUGUGUGUCUCCUAUCUUCAGAAGAGGCUUGCUGUUGGUAACUGUCUGGCCAUCCUUCGAUUAGGUGUUCUGCUUGAUUGCCCAAGACUUGCGUUUUCUGCCCGUGAUUUUGUUUCAGAUCAUUUUGUGCAGAUCUGCAGAGAAGAGGACUUCAUGCAACUUGCCCCACAUGAACUUAUCUCAGUUAUUUCACCUGACAGCUUAAACGUAGAGAAGGAAGAACUGGUAUUUGAAGCAGUAAUGAGAUGGGUCCGAACAGACAAAGAGAACAGAGUUAAGAGCCUGGGGGAAAUUUUUGACUGCAUACGCUUUCGACUUAUGCCAGAAAAAUAUUUCAAAGAACAUGUAGAGAAGGAUGAUAUAAUUAAAAGCAACUCAGACCUCCAGAAAAAAAUAAAGAUUAUUAAAGAUGCUUUUGCUGGAAAACUGCCUGACUCUAGCAAGAGUACAGAAAAGUCAACCAAAGGCGAGGUGAACGGCGAUGUAGGAGAUGAAGAUUUACUGCCUGGCUACCUAAAUGACCUUCCCAGGCAUGGCAUGUUUGUCAAAGACCUAAUUCUUCUGGUUAAUGACACUGCUGCAGUAGCUUAUGAUCCUCUUGAAAACGAAUGCUACCUAGCAGCCCUGGCAGAACAGAUUCCCAGAAAUCAUUCCAGUAUAGUGACCAAACAAAAUCAGGUCUACAUUGUUGGAGGACUAUAUGUGGAAGAGGAGAACAAGGAUCAGCCUUUCCAGUCAUACUUCUUCCAGCUGGAUAACAUCGCUGGGGAGUGGGUUGCCCUUCCUCCACUGCCAUCAGCCAGGUGUCUCUUUGGGCUGGGAGAGUCAGACAACAAGAUAUAUGUAAUUGCAGGCAAGGACCUUCGCACUGAGGAGUCUCUAGAUUCAGUACUGUGCUAUGACCCUGAGGCAAUGAAAUGGAGUGAGAUCAAAAAGCUACCCCUCAAAGUAUAUGGCCAUGCUACUAUUUCAAACAAUGGACUGAUAUAUUGUCUUGGUGGGAAAACUGAUGAUAAGAAAUGCACUAAUAGAGUAUUUGUAUACAAUCCCAAGAAAGGAGACUGGAGAGACCUGGCUCCAAUGAAAGUGGCUCGCUCAAUGUUUGGAACAGCUAUUCAUAAGGGCAAGAUUGUCAUUUCAGGUGGCGUCACUGAAGAAGGCCUUACUGCAUCUGUUGAAGCUUUUGAUCUGACCACUAAUAAGUGGGAGAUUAUGCCUGAGUUUCCCCAAGAGAGAAGUUCCAUCAGUUUAGUCACCUUAAGUGGAGCUCUGUAUGCUAUUGGAGGCUUUGCAAUGAUUCAGCUUGAAUCCAAAGAAUUUGCACCCAAUGAAGUAACUGACAUAUGGAAGUAUGAUGAUGAAAAGAAGGAAUGGACUGGCAUAUUAAAAGAGAUCCGCUAUGCUACUGGAGCCUCCUGCCUGGCUACACGCUUAAACCUCUUCAAAUUAUCAAAACUGUAAUCAAAAUGCUGGAAAAUGGUGAGGGAGUUUCAAUAGGCUCUUUUGGUUUUGUUGCAUGAAAGUGUCCCCCCAUUGUACAGGGGUUUGUAGCAGCAUACUAGUUAUACUGUUAACUGUUAAACAGUUCAUCUGUCUGUUCAGGUCUUUAAGAUAUUUAUUAGCUAACCAACAAAGUGAAUUUUUGCCAGUGUUUCAAAUUCUAACGAAUCCUAAGUAAUGCUUUGAUAUUGCCUAUAAAACUAGUUAGACUUUCUUACACUCAGACAAUCCAGGAUAUUGGUGGCUUAUCUUCCAAACAAUGCCCAUGAAUUUAUUGUUCAGUUAAAUAUAACUAGUAGGUAGCUAAUUUUACUCUAACUGGCUGUUUGUACAGCCUGAUUUCCCUCUUCAACAAUGUAUGUAAAUCUUGCAUUCCUCAACCAUAUCUUGAAAAGACUUUCAUUAGAGCCUUCUAAAAGUAAUUUAGUCUAGAACUGAGGUGCAUAUUAAAAGUUGUAGCAGCAUAAUACUACGUGGCCCAAGAAAUGCUAGGCUCAGCCAAAGCUGUGCUAAUAGCCAGACAUGAAGAAAGAGAGAGAAGUUCACAAGGUUAAUAACCUCACUGUUUCACCUGCUAUGUUUAGGCCUCUGGUAACAAGAAUUUUCCACUUUUUUAUGCUUUUAUAUUUAUUUCCAAGCAAAUAUUUUAUGGAAAUUUUUUCUCAGAGAUCUGAGGCCAUUAACAAACAUUCAUUAAAAAGUCUCAGAAGAACUGAUCACCAGCAAAUACAUACAGCAGAGAAGAUAUCUCCAUCGAGUAAAGAGAGUUGAUGCAUUUUGAUGUUGAGAAUUUUAACAAUUAAACUUUUUUUUUAAAACCAUGAAAGUAUCAUUUGCUGGUGUCUCUUAGUGAUCAGCUCAUGAUCACUGUCAUAUUAACAGGACACAGAUUUCUUAGCAGAACCUCUGCUCAAAACAGAACACUUGGUUUUCUUAAAGUACAGCAUGCCUGAGUAUCUCUCCCCAAAGGAUUUCCCCAUUAAGUAGAAAAGGUGUGGUAAAUCUAAAGGAUGUCUAAACCUAAAUCUAAUUACAAUUAAUAUGGCAGGAAAAUUGGAAAAGAAGCCCACCACUCCUGACCAAAUAGCACCUACAACCAUCAAAUGACCCUUUGCCUUGCCUUCCCAGGAGACAGAGGUAAACACAUGGCAAAGGCACAGCCAUUAUAGCUCAUUUCAGUAUGUUACUGUAGACCGGCGGUUAAGCUGCAGACUGGUGGUUAAUCUGUAGGCCAUGUUGGGUACUAAAGGGGAAAACAGACAAAUCAUUCUCAUUGGCUCCAUUUAAAUCACUGGUUUACACCAGCCAUCUCCUCUGACACUUGCUGAUUUAAUUUAGAAAGAAUGACUGCAAAGAAUCAAAAGCAGCACAUUUUACUGAAGUACUCAUAUUUUGGUUUUCUUAAAUGCCCUUUCUGAAUCCACUCAGGGCAACUUUUAUUCCUCUAGUGAUUUUAUACAGAUAUUAACUUGAAUAUACCUCGCUUGGCACAGUGACUGCCAGAUACCUGAAAAGCAGAGUUCUGCUAAAGCUUGUGACCACUCAUGACUGAUUACUUCAGCUACACCCACUGCCAUCUUACACUCCAAAGGUGCUACUUGAAGGACAUCUCUACAGGCAAGAGCCCUCUGACUUGCAGUCCAUCUUCUGAAAUUGUAGCUUAUGUUUACUGUCUUCUCCUUUCAUACAAAAUAUAAUACGCAUGACAUUUCCUCAAAGCACUCAUCUUCUGUGUCCUCACAUCCUUGUCCAUUUGGUACCAUAAGCAGACAAUCAUCUAUUAGAUUUUUCAGUCACCCUGCAAAUGUGAGGACUACCCGAGGAAGAAAGAAGCUUGUGGCUUAGAUCAGUUCUGUUAUUUUUUGUGGCUUUUAAUUAGUGGCCUGAUUUGUAGUCAGUCAGUAGAAAUACUUUCUUCUGUAACUGAGUAGUUUAAAAUAAAAGAUAACCAGGUGCAAAAUGGUCAGUUCAGAAAUGCAGCUGCUUACCUCUGCCAAGUUUAAAAGAAGAAUUUCUAUUGCUUCUAAUAAAAAGGCAAGAAAACAUAUACAUAUUGUAUGUGUGUGUGUGAAGGAGAUGAACACAGCUAACAUUUGUCAUGAGGUAAUGGCAGCUGUAGUCACAUGGCUGCCCCUGAAAAUAGGCUGAUGUGCAAAAGCACAGCCACUCUACAGUUACUGCUCUGCAGUGAACAUUCUUAUGGCUAUUCCACUUAUUGAUGCUGCAUCUCAGUAUCUUGGCACAAACCCGGGCUGAGCAUGGUCACAAGA